ACAGCGGACGUGGGGUGGAUUGAUCGUACGUGUCGCUGUCAAAGUCUGUACACAAACCACAGAAUCUACAAUUCUCUCCGAAUAUAUGUAACAAGCGUCGCUUCGUUCAUAUAUCAUGGCGUUUCUGGAGUGGAGACGCUUUAAUUUCUUUGACUUGAAGAAGGAAGUUGACGCAGGGAAGAUCGCAACAGCGUUCGGAGAUGCGCAAGUUGCGGCAGCUACCAGUGGCAAUGGCAAUCUGGUAUUUGGAGAUAACAUAGGCAAUGUACAUUUAAUAAACAGGUUGUAUGAAAUCACAACCUUUCGAGCUUAUGAAAUCACUCUGAUAUUGGCACAGCAAGUCCAACACUCCACUUUUCUGUUUACUAUUGGCGAGGAUGAGCCUGGAUGCAAUCCUACCAUAAAGGUUUGGAACUUGGCCAAACUUGAUAAACAAGGUAAUCCAACAUGCGUUCGAAUAAGCAGAGCCAUACCUAGUUACAGAGCAGUUCCACCAACAGCUUUGUGUGUACAUACUAGUCUUACAUUAAUGGCUAUCGGAUUUGGAGAUGGUUCUAUAAUGUUGUAUAGAGGCGAUCUGACUCGAGAAAGAAAGAACAAAAUAAAAGUCUUAAAAGACGUCAAUCUGUCUAUUACUGGCCUCGCGAUACGAGCAACUGGUAAGCAGACGUAUCUGUUUGUUGCUACGCAAAACAGCGUGUUCCUGUAUAAUAUUACCGUUAAGGAUAAGGAAUUUAAAUCUACUUUGGAUACUAUGGGUUGCGCGCGAAAAUGCAGCGUGCUCGCCGAGUCUAUGCAAGACAGUCACUUUAUGAUCGGACGUAAUGACGCUAUUUAUUGUUACACCCCAGAUGGUAGAGGUCCGUGUUAUGCAGUAGAGGGUCAAAAGAUAAUGCUAGAAUGGUUCAGGACUUAUUUGGUGAUAGUGGCGAAAGAAGCAGCGAAUGUUCCAAGAACGACAACAACUAUAUCUGCCAAACCCAACACGAUAGAACCGAUACCUCCUGGUGUCGAUAAGCACAUUAUUACUGUGCUUGAUAUUCAAAACAAGUUUAUCGUGUUCUCUGCGCCGAUGGUGUCUGUCCAAGCAGUUUUGUCCGAGUGGGGUGGAUUUUUUAUACUUAGUGGAGAUAAUAAAUUGUAUCAUUUAGAUGAGAAAGAUUUACAAUCUAAAUUAGCGUUGCUUUUUAAAAAAAAUUUGUACGAUGUUUCUAUAAGAAUAGCUAAAAAUCAGCAAUAUGAUGCAGAAGGUCUUAUAGACAUUUUCCGUCAAUACGGAGAUCAUUUAUAUUCCAAGGGGGAUCAUAAUGGCGCUAUAGAGCAAUAUAUAAAGACUAUAGGCAAAUUGGAACCGUCUUACGUGAUAAGAAAAUUUUUGGAUUCUCAACAUAUCGAUAAUUUGACGACGUAUUUGCAAGCGCUGCAUAAAAACGGACAAGCAACAGAGGAUCAUACCACUUUGUUAUUAAAUUGUUACACUAAGCUUAAUCAUACCGAUAAGUUAAAAGAAUUUAUUAUGACUAAAGAUCGUGAAGUUGAUUUUGAUGUGGAAAUAGCGAUAAAAGUUUGCCGACAAGCAUCACCAGAGGAUGCCCUACUACUUGCACAGAAACACGGUAAACACGAAUGGUAUCUUCGUAUUCAAAUCGAAGAUAAACAAGAAUAUAAAAAGGCUUUAGAAUACAUGGCAACUUUAGAAUUCGAAGAGGCGGAAGCUAAUAUGAAGAAAUAUGGAAAUAUCUUAAUAGAAAAUGUGCCAAAUGAAUCCACACAAUUUUUGAAAGCCUUGUGCACAAAUUAUAAACCAUCCAAUAAACCUCUUGUAGAUCAGGAAGCUUUAAAUGGUUAUACAGAACAGCGUGUUGAUAAAGCUAGUCCAGAAGAUUUUAUUCAUUUAUUUCUAAAUAAUUCUGAACGACUCGUAGAGUUCUUGGAGCAUUUAGUUAAAUCAGAUACGAGAUGGAGUACACUUAUUUACAAUACCUUAGUGGAACAUUAUUUACAUGUUUGGUCGGCAUUAGAUAACGAUGUGGCUAAAUUACAAUAUGAACAGAAAGUUGUACGACUUCUGCAAAAUUCCGAGGCCCAUUAUGAUAAAGACCAAAUAUUAAUACUCUGUCAUCAACAUAAUUUCAGAAAAGGAUUACUCUUCCUUUACGAAGAAAGCAAGCUAUAUCAAGAAAUAUUAAGAUUUCAUUUAUGCGAGGGAGAUAGCGAACAAGUUCUCGCUACCUGCAAAAGAUUCGGUCACCAGGAUCCUAAUCUAUGGGUACAAGCUUUAUGGAGUGUGGCUAAAAACAAGGAUGCACCAACAAAACUUCUCGCGGAUAUAUUAGCUUAUAUCGCUCAAGAAAGACUAUUAUCUCCUUUAAUGGUCAUUGACGCAAUUUCUACAUCAUUGACCUGCACACUGGGAGACGUUAGAAGUUAUUUGUGCAGUGUAUUACGAACGGAAAAUGAGCAAACUCAAGCUGACACGGAAUUAACAGAGAAAUAUAGAGCUGAUACUCUUAAAUUGCGGGAACAAAUAGAAGCAAUAAAGAAUAAUACGAUAAUUUUUCAAGGAUCACGAUGUAGCGCGUGCCAUCAUCAAUUGGAAUUGCCAUCUGUGCAUUUCAUGUGUCAACAUUCCUAUCAUCAACAUUGUUUUCAAAGCUUUUCGGAAAAUGAAAACGAAUGCCCGGCCUGCUUGCCAAAUAACAAGAAAUUACUGGAUAUUAUAAGAGCGCAAGAACAGUCAAGAGAUCUACAUGAAACUUUCCACAGUCUUCUCGAUCGAGCAGAAGAUCCAUUUUCCUUAGUAGCCGAUUAUUUUGGUAGAGGCGUUUUUAAAAAAUUAACAGUAAUCACUGAUACAGACAAAUCAUUACCUACACCGACCAAGUUGGAAGAACCUAAGUUAAAUUAUGGCCCAGGUGCAGAAGCGAGACUCAGAUUAAAUGAAGGAAAGAGUUCUAUCUCGGGAAAAAUAGACCCUCGACGAGCUGGAUAUGACGUUCCUACAUUAAUAACGGAAGAGCGUUUCCGUAAUUUUGUCAAGCCAGACGUGUAUUCUUCAUCUUUGGAGGCGAAUAUAUCAGGAACGGGAAGCGGUUUAUCGACGCCACGCGGUAACUCUGCUAAAGCUUCGCCGGUGCCGAUUAGAGAAGCCCGCAUCUUAAACAGUACUACACCAAAGUCAUCGCCAAUCGACAAGUCCUUUGUUUCGAAAAUCCCUAAUGUGCCAUCAAAUCCCUUUGAAACUGACGAUUAUGAUGAAUCUAAAAAUCCCUUUGCUAACGAUGACGAUGACGACGCGAAUAAUCCUUUUAAAGACGAUGAUGAUAAUGAUAAUGAUCGGGCUGGCAUCGAUGACGACGAUUACAACAGAAAUCUAAACCCAUUCGGUAGGUAAACCGCAAAUACAUUUCCCGUGAAAAAUUUGAAUCAAGACAAAAUAUAUAUAAAUAUA